UCUUCAAGUCUUUGCCUCAAAAUCAAGAACUCUCUCUCCUUGUUCUGCCUCUCUUCUCAGAGAUUGCGUUACCUCUUGAUGUUUUAACUUCAUCUUCACCUUAUGGGCUUGAGCUAGAAAGUGAUGAUCUCAUUUGAAUAACUUGCCAUUCAUAGCCGGAGACUUUCUAUUUUGAGUGUUUUGAGUAUGAGAGAUGAAGAAGAAGAGCUUCCGUCGCCGGAGGAGCUCAUACCGUUAUCACAGUCACUCAUCACUCCCCAUCUCGCCCUCGCCUUCGAUCUCAGAAGCACUCACCACCGCAACAUCGGAAACUCCGGCCACCCUCUGCCUCAAACCACGCCGCCGCAAGCCAACUCAUCCGCCGGAGACGAACCAGCUCGGACACUGAAACGGCCGCGUUUAGUAUGGACGCCGCAGCUGCACAAGCGUUUCGUAGACGCUGUGGCGCAUAUCGGGAUCAAGAACGCUGUUCCCAAAACCAUCAUGCAGCUCAUGAGCGUCGAGGGGUUAACCAGAGAGAAUGUCGCUAGUCAUCUCCAAAAGUACCGACUUUACCUCAAGAGGAUGCAGUCUGGCGGAGGAGAAAGAGGAGGAAACGUCGGUGAGAGCGAUCAUCUCUUCGCGAGCUCGCCUGUUCCUGCACAUUUCCUCCACCCGACAGGCAGACAAAGCUCCGACCAUUUCAUACCGUCUUUUGUCCCAAUGGCUGCGACUCUUCCGCAUCCUCAGUUCCUCCACGGGCGAAUAUCCGCCGUGAAGAUGGAUCAGUCGUUGUUCUUGGCUAGGCAGAGUCAGCAUCAACCUGUUCUCAUCAGACCAUCUUCGUUGCAUCUACAAAGUCGAGUGGCUAAUUACGCAGAGGAUUUGGAAUCAGGAGCCAAGAGGGUCUUGACUCUGUUUCCAACUCGACAAGAUUGAAUUAAAAAAAA